AGGUUGAUAUGUUGGGGAUUUUUCCUAAUUUUACUUUUCAAUGGGGUAGAAAGUAAAGUAACAAUAUGCCUUAACCUCACGCAAGAACAAACACAAUCAUUAACCAGGACUGAUAUUUUGAAUAAAUUUACCGAUGAAAUGAAUAACUGGAUAUUCGUAGAACAUGCAGAUUUUAACUUUACUCAUCCAGCUAUUUCAGCUAAAGGCACAUUGGACAAUUUAAAUAUAUCAAAUAUAUUAAACACAACCACGAGUUUGGAUUACGACUAUGCGGAGGAGGAUAAUGAGGGUGCCAACUUUACGUUUUCUCUAACCAAUGUAUCAAUUGUUGGUGAAUACAAUUUAACUGGCGAUAUCGGGGAUUUGUUCGACAUAUUCGGCGCUGGUUCGUUUUGGUUGAACCUCCAAAUCACCAUAAUCGCUAUAUUCAACGCUAUUGGAGAUGAAAGUAGUAUUUGUGUGCCCCUUGACAUUUCUAUUGAGCUACCAGUCGUUGAUGGUCAUUUGGAUAAUUUUAUGAACCCCUACAAAAACGACACGGAAUUUGAGGACCUUAUGAACAAGGCAAUAAUAAAUCUGGCACCAUUGAUGGUGGAAGAGUUCGUUUUGGAAUUUAAAAACGCGUUCGAUGAUGAAAUACAAGAGUAUUUUAAUUGUCGUUUUAAUUAUAAUUGCCACAACGAAACAACAAUGGUUCCAAAAUAG